AUGUCUUUUCUCGAGCUUCCACUAGAGCUUCGUCUCAUCAUCUAUGAAUAUGCAGCAGUCGAGGGAGCAGCCGUCACAAUCGGAGCUUGCGAGCUGACGGGCACUGGUCCCGAUCUUGUUCACCGACAAUACGGCGACAAACGCGCCCCUUUACCAGGCCUGCCUCCUCUCCACGAACCCGUCAUCCUCGAGGGCUAUUCAUCUCGCCUCCUCUCAAUCUCAGACCCCGCCCGCAUCGACGUCUCAUCAGCACCAAGGCCUCAGGACUAUCUCGGCGAGACACACCAUUCGACUUUGUCCUCACUCUUCCUGCUCAACCACCAAGUUCAUGCCGAACUCAGCACCCACUUCCGCGUCAAGAACAACAGAAAAACAAGCCUCUUCAUACAGUUCCCGUUGGGCCUACAUGUCUUCAAGACGAAAUGUCCGGACUUUUUCCGCCAGGCACGCAGCAUACACAUCGCGGGCAGCUAUCCCAAGUCCGUGACUGCAGAACAACCGCUGCACCUGGAACAACUCGCACAUCUCGUAUCAGCCACACUAGGCAAGGCGCCACGCUACCCGAUCGAAAAGCUUGAAGCACGCAUCUACUUCCCAGGCAACGAUUCAUACCCUCGCGUUUGGGACGACAGCAGUCCCGCUUCCGUCAUCUUGCGCAACGUUUGCGGCGGGUUCAUCGACAUGGAAGUCGCUAGAGGUAGACAUGGCACAGGCAUUUACGUAUCAGUACGACCACACCCAGAACACAAGAGAGUCAUAUCCACUGUCUGGAGAAGGUUGGUCGAGGGCGACAGUGGCCAGCCAGACUGCGGCGAUUGGGCUGUAGACAAGCAGUGGCCGGAGUGGAACACCGAGUUCACUCCCUCUUCACCCUUGCCUUGA